AUGCAAUCAAUCAAUAACGCCUUUGGCAGCACUGAUGACUUUAAUAAUGAAAUGGAUGAACCAGGUUAUAGAAAGUUUGAUAUGCACGAAGGAAUCUUGUUUUGCGUUGAGCUAUCAGAAACCAUGUUCAAAGAGUCAUCUGAACUAGAUUAUAAAUCGCCUUUACUGGAAAUUCUAGAGUCUUUAAAUGAAUUGAUGUCCCAGUUGGUCAUUACAAGACCUGGAACAGCUAUUGGUUGCUAUUUUUAUUAUUGCUAUAGAGAUGAUGCCAAGGAAGGAAUAUAUGAACUGUUUCCAUUAAGGGAUAUUAAUGUUAGGUUUAUGAAGAAAUUAAAUGAUUUAUUGGAAGAUUUAUCGUCGGAAAGAGUGACUCUGUAUGAAUAUUUUAACUUCCAAAAAACUGAGAAUCAAAAGCAAAUGCCUUUAGCUUCUCUAUUCACGUUCAUACUUGACACUUUUUUGCAAGACAGCUCGGGCCAAAAGCAAUUAAACAACAAGAGAGUAUUCCUAUUCACCGAUAAUGAUAAACCACAAGAAGCACAAAAUGCGGACGAUAGAGCAAGGUUAAGGAGGCUUACAGUUGAUUUAUUUGACAAUAAAAUAAACUUUACAACUUUUUUCAUUGGGUAUGUUAAUAAUUCAUUUGAUAAUGAGUUCUAUUCGGACAUUUUACAGUUAGGUUCCCAUAAAAAUAAGACUAUAGGUUUAAAUUCUGAAUUUGAUGGUCCAAACACAAAGCCCAUAGAUGCCAAAUAUAUCAAAUCCCGGAUUCUAAGGAAAAGGGAAGUAAAAAGAAUAAUGUUUCAAUGCCAAUUGAUAUUUGAUGAGAAAACAGAUUUUAUUAUUGGAAUCAAAGGUUAUACCAUGUAUAGCCAUGAAAAAGCUGGAGUUCGAUAUAAACUUGUUUAUGAGCAUGAAGAUAUUAGACAAGAAGCAUAUUCAAAAAGAAAGUUUUUGAAUUUCAUGUCAGGAGAAGAUGUUACAGAUAAUACAGUUAAAGUUUAUCCGUAUGGCGAUCUCGACAUCAAUUUAUCUGAGCAUCAGGAUCAGAUUGUUAUGGAGGCUUAUACUCGAAAAGAUGCGUUUUUAAAAAUCACUGGAUUCCGCUCAUCAAGCAUAUCAAUGCACUACUUCAACAACAUAGAGAAAAGCUCAUUCAUUGUGCCUGAUGAGGAAAAGUAUGAAGGCUCGAUAAGAGCUUUGACUUCUUUAUUAAAAAUUUUGAGAAAAAAGGACAAAAUUGCCAUAUUAUGGGGAAAACUUAAAUCAAAUUCUCAUCCUUCACUUUUUGUAUUAUCACCUUCAAAUAUUAAAGAAUAUAAUGAAGGAUUUUAUCUCUACAGAGUUCCAUUCUUGGACGAAAUUAGAAAAUUCCCUAGUUUGCUAUCCUAUGAUGAUGGUUCUGAUCACGAAAUAGAUUAUGACAAUAUGAAAAAAGUAACGCAAAGUAUAAUAGGAUAUUUUAAUCUGAGAGACGGAUAUAACCCAUCUGAUUUCAAAAACCCAUUAUUACAAAAACAUUACAAAGUUUUACACGAUUACCUGUUACAAACCGAAACUGCUUUUGAAGAAAACGAGACAUCAGAUACUAAAAUGGAUAGAAUUGUACACGAGGACGAUUCCUUAAGGAAAUUAUACCAUAUACGAAAUAAAAUUCUAGAGUCUGAAAAAUCUGAAGAUCCGGCGAUUCAAAGGCUAAAUAAAUACGUGAAAAUUUGGAAUAUGUUUUACAAAAAAUUCAACGUUGAUGAUAUCUCAGUCAAAAAAGAAAAGAAGUCCCUUGAUAAAAAACCGAAGUUCAAUAUUUAA